AUGAAUAUUAACCAACCCAUUGGGCUAGAAAUGAUGAUGUUGGAGAUUUUACAGCUCGAGAGUAACUCCCAGGACGACACAGACGAGGAAAUUGGUUUGUCGUCAUCCGACGAUGAGAGCACUCGGACAUGUGCAAGCCCCACCCCCUCGAGCAGCAGCUUCAAUGUAGAAGUCCGGUCAGGAACCAGCACACCGACCUGCUCGGUAUCGAGCAAGGAGUUCGACCCCCCUAAUCCACCGGCUAUUAAAAAGAGGAGGAUAAAUGCAGAGUUCCAGAGGCUUAUAGCGCUUCCUCUAGAGGCCAAGUUGUUUGCCCAACUAGACAAGCAUUCGACAGCACUCUUGGCACUGGCACGACUGAAGGGAGGAGAAAUGCGGGAAAAGCUGGCCCCAAUCAUGCACACCUAUGACCAGGCUGAAGACAUCCGUAUGAAAAGAACAAGCAUUCUGAAGGCCCUCAUCACCGUCCCUGGAGAACAACCUCAUUCAGUAUGA